GGGUGUCAGAGUACCUCAGUACAGAGAUCUCUACCUCCAGACAGAAACGCUUCAGUCUGGUGACCUUCGUUGACACUCCAGGACUUGUAGAUGGAGACAUGAAGUAUCCCUUUGAUGUGGACCAGGCUCUGCUGUGGCUGGGUCAGUACCUGUCUGUCUCUCCUGUCCUGUCCUGUGUGUGUACAGACCAGGCCCUGCUGUGGCUGGGUCAGUACCUGUCUAGGAAGAGAGAGGAGAGAGGAGAGAGGGGUACUCCUCCUCAGACCUGUCUCUCUCUCUGGUUUCAGAGAGUCAUGAUGCAGAUCGUCCAGGAGCUGUGCAAGAGACCAGGACUCAACAAGUGUGGGUUCGACAUGCCCACUAUCUACGUCCCGAACCCCAACAAGCCCAGUCGCUGUGUGAACCAGAUUGAUGAGGUCUGUCGCACCAUCGAGAAGACGAUCAACCAGACGGUGCAGAACACUCUGAACGCGCUGGAGAGAGACUGUGAGGUCAUCGCCUCCGCCGUCAGGGGGCGCCUGCAGACAGACAGGGAGGACGCGCUGUAUAACCGCAGGGCGCGCUGUCAGGGCUGUCCUCUCUCCCCCUCUCUCCCACUCUCUCCCAGCACACGCCCCACUCUCUCUGGGAAGCAGAAGAGGCAGAUCCAGGAGAAGCUGGAGUACGUGCAGGACGUUGUCAAGGACAGGAAGCGGAAGCUGUACGAGGACUACCUGCGGCAGAGUGUGUGUGACCACGACAUGGACUGAAGAUCCGGCCCGCCCGGGACCGCCCCGAGCCCCAGAGCCUGUCGUCGUCUUCCAGCCCGGCCCUCAGUCUCGAGGAGGACUUCUGGUAGUUGUAGUUCCGUGCAGACUUACUGUCCCUAUCCCUCCCACCCCCCUUUGGAAUUUCUAACUUGGAUUUAAAAAAAACUACAUUUCCCAGGAUGCACAGGUCUGCGCCCGCAGGGGUGACCUCGCUGUCCCAGCAUGCUCUGGAGGUGGAGCCCUCCCCCCUUCACAGUGCUGCAGGAACUACAUCCCCCACGAUGCCUUCCUCUGCAAGCCGUUCACGUGAAUCUCGGGAAAUGUUUUGUUUGUUUUUUUUACUUUCUUUGUUAACCUCUCUUCGGACGUAACUUUAUUUUUUUCUGGGUUAUAAAAGAACUAGGACCCCCCCCACGACCCCAGCCCCGACUAACGCCCGUUCCUCACACUACAGCGCUAGAGGGGGCUUGGAGGGGCAGCCUGUCCCUUCAUCAGCCCGGCUGGAGAUUUCAGUGUGAAGCUUAUGUCCUGUCUGCCCUGUGACUGACUCUCCAUGAUGUCGUGCUCAUCGAGGAACUACAACUCCCACGAUGCCGGGCUGUACUUCCUGUUGGCCAGUGUGGACUGUUGCUCAUGGGGCAUCAUGGGGAAUGUAGUUAUUUUUUUUGUGGCGGAAUUGUCUGUGCGAUUACCACUGCCUGUGAAACCUGUCCUUAUUUUUUUUUAACAAAAUAAAGAACUUGCAAGUGA